ACACAAUGUACAAUUAGUACAAGAUUAGCGCAACAUAUGAUAGUGAUCAGUGAUGGGUAACAUUUUACUCUUCCCAGUGGGAUGGGUCAUGGGGUUCAUCUGCUGCAGAACACAACUGAAUCUGUGAUGGCUCAGAGUCAGGUCAGGGACAGGAUGCCCAUUGCCCAAUCACAAGACCCUUGAGUGAGACUGUCCUUUGGCUCCUGAUUCACUGUCAAGUGUCAGUGGUACUUCAGAACCAUAGCAAUGAGGCUAGAGGGCCAGAGGCACUAAGGUCUGCAGCAUCAGCAGACAGCUCUGCCUUUAUCAGCAUUUUGAUCAGACAGUGGAGCAUCACCACAGGCCACAAGGGUCCAGAUCAUGCACAGAACUAGUGGACUCUUCCAUUUCCAUCCCAGAAACGAACGUGAACAAACUGAGUGUCUCGAGCAACUCCAACCCUUCUACCAAAGGAUCAUACUCCGAGAGACAGACAUGUCAUUUCAGCAGCACAGAUCCUGUCGACAUCAGCCAAGAGGGGACAAAGCACCCACUCGUAGAGUGACGACUGUACACAAGCAAGCGCUCGCGAGGGGUGAUGUUAGUAGACGUGCUUAGCGGUGAUUGAAUAGGGGGCAAGGCGCCUUGCAGGACCUGGACCAUCUACCACUGCUGUACCGGAGACCAUGGGAUCUUAAAGCGAGGGUAACGGCCUUCCAUAUGACGCCGUUAUGUCUCACACUGGCCGUUACCGCGGGGAUAAUACGGUGUAGUGUAGCUGCAAGCGACACCGCUACUGCUGAGGAACCGACGCAGCUCAGCCAAUAUGAGGGCCGCUCCCCUGUUUGAAUGAAUGUAGAGCCGGCAUGCCGAAGAUCGCGAACAUCUUAUAAAGGCACGAGAUGACCGUGGCGGUCGGUCAUAUCCGCGCAUGGGAACGCAAAGGGAAAGUGUGAAAACUCGUCAGCGACAAAGAAUAGAUAGCGAUUGAUUAUGGCACGACGUCGGAAGAAGGCCCCUGAAGCCUAUGUUGAGACUCUCAACGGGCUAGGCAGUCUUGAUUGAGUGAGCUUGAAGCAGUCUGUGAAACCUUUGUUCUCACCCAGCGCAAGUUUGGCAUGAAGAACUGACUUUGGACGUUAUCAAAGGAAAAUGGCAGGCUGCAAGAACGGAUGAGGUGUACCAUCUAGGUAACGGCGGGGUAGCAGAGAGAGUUGUGGGCUCCACCAGGGUAUCGGAGCUAAACGUCGCACAGUACGCUCUUGAGAAGUCAUCGGCCGGGAGGUUUUCUGCCCCUCGAACUUCGAAGUUGAGGGGGGUUUGGCUGCAACCGGUUUGCAGUCAGGAGAAAGGCUGGCCAACAACGAAAGUGGGGGAACAGAGAGGGUCGCUAGUCCAUAGACACUUAGUGGCGGUUUCUGCCUCAUAAACUGAACCGUUACACUGCCUGUGCUGUCACAUGAAAUCCUGUCCCAAGAUGAGGUCACAACACGGGGUUGGCAGGACCGACAGUUUUACAGCUGAGUAGGUAGGUACACGCCUAACCAUAGGGGGUAAGGUCGACCAGGCAAUAGCGGAGUGUUUGAACCGAAAGAACAGUGGCGGCCAACGAUAGUGUUUGGCCGAUGACGCACAUGCAGGCUAUGUUCAUGGACAAGAGACUGGCCUAUAAAGCUCUCGGAGCUACCAGUAACCAGCAGCACAGUCGCACUAUAGCCAUCAACACGAACACUGACGCUAGCAUCAGACAGAACACCAGCAGAAACAGAGGCCACAGCAGACAAUACAAGACCACUGAAGGCCGCUAAAAAUCGGCCAUUACCAACAAUCGACGAAACGAAAUAAAAUUUACUAAUAAUGUAUGUAAAAUUGAUGUAGAAGAAGCUACAGAAAAUGUCAAGGCGAUCCGCGCAUUGCUGGUUCUCUGAACAAUCGAGAACAGUCAACUGGGGGGGGGGGGGAGAUGAGAAGGGGGUGUUUGACAAUUAACACCCCAUUCAGUCAAUAGUGGAUCCGGUGCUGAAAUUGAGAUUGCAUUCAGCUGUCCGAUACACGAAGUGAGCUUGUGCCUCUUUGUUUGAGCUAGAUAUCCAUUGCAACCCACUCUGCGGUAGCCUAUCCGGUGCCAUUGCCACACUUUGACGUGCAAUAUCUAUCCGCUUUCCAUCCGUUUCGAGCUCGCGGGGCUUCUGGUCUGUUCGUUGAGUCGCUGGUCAUAUGUGCUCGGUCGUCACCCUGCAAUGGCAAUGCAGUCCCGCCCCCUACCGGGCUCUGCAGUUCUCUGUGCUCACAACUGGCGUGAGGGAUGUAUACUCCCCCCCCCCCCCUCGUUCAUGCUGACUCAGCGUGUGAGGUGAGCGGCGGUCCUGUCAGCAGGCGGAGUGAGGAGGGAGGAGGGACGAGGUCGAGUGGGACCCGAGGCCUGGCGGCGGGCCCGCAGUUGUGCAGGAGACGGGACCGGGCUCGUACCACCGCAGCGUGAAAGGGAACCUAACGAUAUUUCACCAUGAAGUUGAAAGUUAAUGCCAAGCUUUUGCCUAUAAAGGCAUUUUACUUUUUCUUCUUUGGUGGUGUGGCGCCGAUCCUGCCGUUCCUGCCGGUGUACGCCCGCCAGCUGGGUAUCUCGGAGGUCGGUGUGGGCGCGGUGUAUGUCGUCCUGCCUGUCGUGGCGGCGCUGAUGCGACCAGUGGUGGGCGCUAUCGCCGACGCCACCCACCGGCACAAGCUGGUGUUCUUCUGCCUGCUGGUGGUCACCACGGUCGGCUACAUCACGCUGAAUUUCCUGCCGGCCGCGCCGCCGGCGCCGCUGGCCGCCGCCGUGCAGCUCAAGUGCGGCCCGGCGGCGUUUGUGAAGCAGUGUGCUGACCGCGAGGCGCACUGCCACGCCGCCCGGCUAACGGCCGCCGCCGGAGCCCGGAACGACACGGUCCGGUGCGAGCUGCACUGUGACCGCUGGCCCGACUGCGGCACGCAGAGCGACUGGUGCCGGCCGGCCGGCGGCCAGCUGCCGCUGCAGCUCAACCUGUCCGCCCUGGACGUGGAGGGUCUCUGUCUGUACCUGCCGCUGAAGGACGUACCGGUGAACGGCACGGUAACGCACUACCCGGCCUGUGUGGACCCCGAGACGACCAACUGCAGUCUGAGCUGCGCCGACCGGCCACUGAUGAAGCUGCUGAACGGCCGGCCGGUGGACGCCAGCGCCUACUACCAGACGAGCCAGUUCUGGGUGUUCUUGGUGUUCCUGAUACUCGCCUGGGACGGCACCUCCAUCACCAUACCGCUGGCUGAUACUAUUGCCUUCAAACUGCUCGAUGACCCGUCCAAGUACGGCUACCAGCGCGUGUGGGGCUCCUUCGGCUGGGGCAUCUUCAGCUUCCUGGCCGGGUACCUGGUGGAUGUGGCCAGCCGGAACAGCGACACUAAGGAUUACUCGCCGGCCUUCUACCUCCUCAUCGGCAUGAUGGUGUUGAAUAUGAUGGCCUGCACCAAGCUGCACGUCUCGGCACUGAAGGAGGCCCGGCCGCGGUUCCUGGCCGGCCUGGGCGCGCUGCUGGUUCGUCCGGCCGUGGUUCUGUUUGUGCUCAGCUGCUGCGUGGUGGGAACCAUGACCGGACUCCUGUGGACGUUCUUCUUCCUCCACCUGCAGGACGUGGCGUUGGCCUGGGACUGCUCUGCCUUCGAGUGGAUUAGUCUGGUCUCGGGCCUCACGCUGCUCGUGCAGUGCUUCCUCGGAGAGGUGCCUUUCUUCUUCAUCUCCGGCUGGGUGAUCCGUAAGCUGGGUCACGUGUACACCCAGACCGUGGUCUUGCUGGCCUUCGGCGUCCGCUUCCUGCUCUACUCGCUGCUGAAGAACCCGUGGGUCGUGCUGCCGAUCGAACUGCUGAAUGGGCUGACCUUCGGUCUGUUCUACGCCAACAUGGUCGGCUACGCCUGCGCCGUCGCUCCGCCCGGCAUGACGGCCACGCUGCAGGGCCUGGUCGGAGCGUCGUUCGAGUGUGUCGGCGUGGCGAUCGGCAGCGGCUUCGGCGGCAUCCUGUACGGCUCAGUCGGCGGCGCCAUGAUGUUCCGGAUAUUCGGCCUGAUCUCGGUGGCGGCGUCCGUUCUGUACGUGGUGCUCCACUGUAUCACCAGCCGCUGGUGUCCCGAGCCGGCAAACUCCGGCUCCGACGCCGACCGGACGGCCACGCCGGACAGCAUGCUGCGUGAGAUGAAGCCCAUGGACGGCCGGGCGGCGCCGGAGGGAUCCGAGGCGCCUCUGGUGCCAGAAACACCCAACGGGGACGCCUAGACCGUGUGAGUGAGGGUGAAAGGGUGAGGGUGAUUGUGACUGAAUGUCGUGGUGUAGGUGUUCAUUGUUUUCAGACACCAUUUAUCAUGGUGACAACGUUUUAGUUCAAAGUCAACAACUCAGAGACGCUCAUAUUCACCAAUGCGUGAAACAGUGCCGGCUUGUGGCGUUUGUUAGUCAACAUCAGUGAUAUUUUCUCAUUCCGUUCCAACCUUCAACACGACGCUGUUUUUUCUCACAUGACAAUGGUCUCCAAGAUUGGAACGGAAUUGGAGUCGCCCAUCUUAGGGACGCUGAGCUUUACUUUACCGAAGUGAUCAAAUACAUCUUUUGUAGAAAAGGA